AUGCAAGCACAGAAGUCGGCUCCCUUUGAGAUGCAAUGCGAAGAUAAAUUCUUGAUUCAGAGCACGGUGGUACCGUUUGGAACAACAGAAGAUGACAUUGUACCUGGCAUGUUCGUAAAAGAGAGUGAAAAAUAUAUUGAAGAGGUCAAGCUCAGAGUUAGUCUUAGUAUUGCACCCGAUUAUCCAGAAAAGCCACUGACGAAUGUAGUUUUGAAUCAAGAAUCAUCUUUCAAGUCUUCUAGACCAAAAGAAGUCAAUGCACCUGUUUUGCUGCCUAUUAUUGGAGCUACUAAGCAAGAGCCAUCCUAUGAGACUGUCAUCCCGAAAGAGAAAUUGCACAACGGAGUUGAAAAUCUCCCUCAUAAUGACAUGGUAACUAUGAAACUGGAUUCGAUCAUAAGUGUAAAAAACGUGGAAGCGUUCGGAUUGGUUAUGAUUAUGGAUGAUAUGAAGACAGCUCUCCCCAAGGAUGAGAAGUUUUACCUAGUCAAGCUGUCAAGGUCAAGGAUGAGGUGA